AUGGGAGAUGAUAAGCUGUUUGCAGCAAGCACAGCGCCUGGAUCAGAUUUUCGUCAAAUAAAUAUCGACAGAGGCCGUGCAUCAGAACUGAUUGUUUUUCCGACAAAUUAUAUCACAACUGCAAAAUAUACCUAUUGAAAUCUAUUACCUAAAAACCUAUUUGAGCAGUUCCAUAGAAUCGCAAAUAUCUGAUUUCUAAUAGUCUCGAUUCUUCAACUAUUGCCUCUUAAUUUAUCCCCUACUUCGAACUGGGCCACAAUCGCUCCAUUAUCCCUCGUCCUCACAGUAACACUCUGCAAGGAUAUUUAUUUAGACUGAUGCCGUCACAAAAUGGACCGUAGAAUUAAUAACAAAAGAAUUAACAUUUGAGACGAAAAUAAAGGAAAAUUCAUUGAGCUCAAGUGGCAAGAUCUUGAGGUUGGAAAUAUUGUGCUUUUGACUGACGAAAAUUGCCAAGUCCCAGCUGAUUUAAUGCUGCUUACUUCAAGCCACCCAGAGAAGUUUGUAUAUAUAGAAACAAGCAGUUUGGAUGGAGAAAGUAACUUAAAAAUAAGACACUGCGUAAAUGAAAUUGCCAAUAUUUUUGAAAAUGAGUCGCCUGACAUGUCGAUUAAACAAUUAUAUCAUUUAGAUGAAGCGGUAUUAAAAACAGAACAACCGAAUAAUAAAUUGCAUGCUCUUGACGCUUCAUUGAAACUUAGAGGGCAUCCUCGGGCUAUACCGAUUGAUAUUAACCAAAUCAUUUUGAGAGGAAGCUCAAUUAGAAAUACUAAGUGGGUGCUUGGUUUAGUUGUCUUUACAGGAAUUGAUACAAAGCUUAUGAAAAAUUCAAAGCCACCACCUCACAAGAGAAGCAAUGUGGAAAGAAAAGUCAAUAAGUAUUUAGCCUUGGUGUUUUCUAUAUUAUUUAUUAUUGUGCUAAUAUCUACUUCGAUUUCUUUAUCUUACACUUACUCCCCUCUUUAAAUUGGAAUAAAAAAAUUUUGCCAGUUAAUUCUUUUUUGAUGAUAAUUAACAGAAAAAUUUUUAAAAAACGAAAAAAAAUUAACGAUAUAUAUUUUUUUUAGUUUUAGUUUAUUUUUAUGAAGAAUCAAUCUAUAAAAGUGAUUGAUUCGUGCCCGUUUAAAUGGUUCUCAUUAUAGGAUUCAAAGCGAUGCAUAGAGAAAUUAUUAUUUUUAUUCCUUUAAAAUAUUAAAAUUUUGUUCCAGGAAAGGGUGCUCAAAAAAUUGAAAUUUUACCAAUAUAUUGUUCCUAUUAAAAGCUGAGAAAUUACAACAAUAAAAAUGCAGUGAAAUUUUUUACAGGUGCAGAGCUUCAAAAUUCUCCAUUGGUAGUCAUAACUUUUCUGAUUUUAUAUAACAGUUUAGUCCCAAUUUCCUUGUAUGUGACUAUGGAUUGCGUGAGAAUUAUCCAAUCGCAAUUUAUUAAAUGAGAUUUGACUAUGUAUAGUGAAAAAAUGAACCAGCCUGCAAUUGUAAAGACGACCGAUUUAAAUGAAGAUUUAGGACAGAUUGAGUAUAUUUUUACUGAUAAAACAGGGACUCUGACAGAAAACAUCAUGGAGUUUAAAAAGUGCUAUAUAAAUGGGAAAUCGUAUGGAUUUAUAGAGUCUCAGCAGUCUGAUCGACCGACCCAGCUGCUUUAUCACCCCAAAUUCAAGUUUGAAGACCCACAGCUUUUAGAAGAUUUGCAAUGGGAUGGAAAAGACGAAAUUUCAGCAUUUUUUGAGUCACUUGCACUUUGCCACACAGUAAUCCCAGACCAUGUAGAUGGUGAACUUGUAUAUCAAGCUGCAUCUCCUGAUGAAGAAGCACUUGUAAUUGCAGCCCAUUGUUUUGGAUUUUCUUAUAUUUCUAGCAAAAAUGGGAUUUACACACUCCAAAUCAAUUUAGACGUGACUGAGUACAAAAUUUUAGGGAUUAACGAAUUUUCAUCAGACAGAAAGAGAAUGUCGAUUGUGGUGUUCCCUAUAAAUGACAGGACAAGAAAGCCUUUUUUAGUAUGCAAAGGAGCGGACAAUGUUAUGCUGGAAAGAUGCCUAGGGACGACUACUCAAAUCGAAAAGCUGACUGCUAAUUUAUACGAAUUCUCUGUAGAAGGGUUAAGAAUUAUGAUUAUUGCAAGAAAAGAACUGACUGAAGAAGAAGCUUUGGCGUAUGAAAAAAAAUAUAGUGAUGCAAAAAAUGCGUUAAAUGAUAAACAAAAAAGACUUGCAGAGUUAGCUGAAGAACUAGAACAAAACAUGACGAUUGUAGGAGCUACUGCGAUUGAAGAUAAGAUUCAAGAAAAUGUCCCUGAAGCAAUAUCUACCUUAAUAAAUGCAGGCAUAAAGAUAUGGGUAUUAACAGGUGAUAAACAAGAAACAGCCAUCAAUAUCGGCUUUUCUUGCCAUCUGCUAAAGCCAGAGCUACAAUUAAUGAAGCUUAAUGGCAGAAGUGUCGAUGAAACUAGAAAUAUUUUGCGUUACAACCUAGCCCGACAUGUAAAAUGUGACGAAGAUGAUGAAAGAAAGCACAGUGUCCUCAGCCAAAUUCGAUAUGUCGGAAAUACUCCAUCAAGCAGCAUCAUAGGUUCCAAAAUUUCUGGCCCAAGAUACCAUUAGCAUGGCAUUAGUUAAUACGAAUAAAAUUUAUAGAAAAGCUGAUGAAAUUCCCAAAGGAUAACUCCACCCUUAACGUUGCCUUUGCCUGCUUGCUGGUUCCUGCACGAUUUUACAAAGGUUGCUGCUGCCUGGAUGAGGGCUCGAAUUCGCUCCCAGUAGUUGGACGAGCUGUUCGUCAUUCUGUGCGUCAAAUAAGGUGGCCAUCUAGAAAAUUUAAAAAGGUUUGAAUUUUUGAUCGGCUCUCGGCAAAUGAAAACCCCAGCACAGGGAGUAAAUCUGGUCUCACGUAUGGAAACAUUUUCAAUAAGCCAGUAAAAUAGCUGUUAGCGUUGCUAGGAGAUCCCUUUCUGGCUUAAGGCUCCUUGAUCUGAAGCAAAUCAUGCGAUCGGCUAAAACCCGUCAUUGCACUUCAUCAAACCAAGUAAAAUCUGGCCGGAUAGACAUUCCCGAAAGCUAUCAUUCCUUUCUCAAGUCCUUGUAAACCUUGUGGGAUUUCAGCUACAAGAGUUAAUACGGUGGACUGGUUCGCCAGGCCAUUUUAAUGUAUAUCUAUCCCAAGAUACCAAUUCAUAAAAAAUGACGUCGAUAUAUUUGAUGGAGACUUAGAAGUAAAAAAUAUGAAUACCCUUAAACUUGCCCUUAUAGUUGAUGGAGUCACUUUAGGGUUCAUUUUGUCAGAUCCAGUAUGCUUAAGACUAUUUGUCAUUUUAAGCACCCUCUGCAAGUCAGUUAUUUGCUGCAGGGUUUCUCCGCUUCAAAAAGCUGAGGUCGUGAAGACGCUUAAAAACCACUUGGCUUUUAAGCCUAUGACUUUAGCUAUUGGGGAUGGGGCAAAUGAUGUCUCAAUGAUACAAGAAGCACAUGUAGGUAUCGGAAUUGUGGGUAAAGAAGGUAUGCAAGCUGUAAAUUCCAGUGAUUAUGCUAUUGCAAGGUUCUAUUUCUUGCUGCCACUGCUGCUAAAGCACGGUAGAAAUAACUACGCAAGAGUGUCAAAAGUGAUUUUAUAUUCUUUUUAUAAAAACUUCAUGCUGGUUUUACCCUUAUUUUAUUUCAGCUUUUUUAAUGCUUAUUCUGGCACUGCACUUUAUGACUCUUGGCUAAUGGUUUCUUAUAACAUCAUUUUUACAUCUCUGCCUAUCGCUGUUGUUGGCAGUAUGAAUAAGGACCUGGAAGGAGAAAUCGCAAUAGCAAACCCUAUAGUUUAUUUACCUGGGAUUUUUGGUUUAAAAUUUAACUUCAAAAUAUUUUUAAGAUGAUGCACUUUUGCAAUCGUCCAUACCAUUUGGAUUUUUUUUCUUUUAAGGGCUGUUGACUAUUUUACAAUAGACUCACAAGGAUCUUCUUCGAGCUUAGACUUGACUGGGACUGCAGGAUUUUUUGCGAUCAUUAUUACAGUUACUUAUGUAAUUGCACUGGAAAUGAAAGAUUGGACACUUUUAUUUGUCCUGGUAACGACGAUCAGCUUACUUCUAUUUUAUCCAAUUAUUUUUAUAUACGAUUAUGGAGGAUUUCCUACUCCAAGUAUGGUCGGAAUUUCAACAAGGCUUUAUUCAGUUCUCCAUGUGUUUUUAUACAUCACAUUUGUACCUUUAACCUCUUUUAUCCUGAAUAUAACAGUUUAUCUAAUCCGUACUCUUUGGAGCCCUACUGCUUCUGAUAAAAUCAUCCAAGACUCAGUUUUAGCUUCAAAAAAAUAUUCAAAUGACCCUCAGAACGAUUCCUUUGCGAAGGACAAUUUCAGACUUGAAGAGUAUUCAUCGAAACUUAAUAAGGUGUAUAUUAAUAAAGGUAUUAAAAAUGACAUGAAUGAAGACGAAGACAGUGAUUUCUAUGCGGUAUCAAACAUUACUUUACAGUUUAAAAGGGCUUAUAAUGAAAAAGUGUAUAAGUUGAGCUAUAUCGACAAGAGAAUUAAGUAUACAAGAGCAAUGCUUAUUGUAAUCACUUUUAUUUAUACGGUAUACAUUAUCCCAGAUAUGGUUGUAAAUACAUAUUCUGAUACUAUAAUUGUAUCAAGAUGCAUUAUUUUUGUAGUUUUAAUUGGUAUUUGUAUUUUCACUAAGACUCAGACAUUUAGAAAACAUUGUGAAUUUUAUAUUUUGACUAUUACAUUUUUAGGAUUAUUAGCGAAAUUUAUUAAUGAGUCAAUGCUAAUGAAUGAUGGCUCAAUGAGCACAGCAAUAGUGCCGAUAGCCUUAUUUAUUUUAUUCAAUGUCAGCACUUAUAAAAUGUUUAUCCUUAAUUUAUUGUUUUUGAUCAUGUAUUUUAUAAGAAUCACCAUUUAUAUUGUAACUUCUGUUGACCCUGGUACUGGUUGGAUGGUUAUAAUCAAUUAUCUAGUCCUUUUGUCUGGGAUUUUUAUAAUAAGUGCUUAUGUUGGCUACAAAAUUGAAAAAUUCCACAGAUUAGAAUUUAUCCUCGAUAAAAAGCUUCAGCUGCAAUUCCAAAAAGGCCAAGAUAUCUUAGGCAACUUAUUGCCUGGUUUUGUUAAAGAAAGAGUAAAGCAAGGAGUCAGAUAUAUAGCUGAAGAGCAAGGACAAGUCACAUGCUUAUUCUGUGACAUUUACGAUUUUGAUACCAUUUGUGCUAUCCAUACCCCUAAUGAGCUACUAGAGCUCCUGGAUAAAUUUUUUGCUAUUAUAGAUGCUCUAUGUGAUAAGCAUGGGGUGACUAAAAUCGAAACAGUAAAUAAAACCUAUAUGAUUUGUGGAGGACUAAAAGACAGUGAAGAAAGACUGCCAAAAAGUCAGCUCAAGCGAAACCACGCUGAAAGAUGCCUUGACAUAGCACUUCAUAUUAUUAAAAAAAUAGAGCCAGUCGUUUUGAAAAACGGGCAUAAACUUCAAGUAAAAAUUGGAAUAAAUACAGGUCCUGUGAUUGCUGGAGUCGUUGGAGAGCACAAACCUCAAUUUUCUUUAGUUGGGGACACUAUAAAUACAGCUGCUAGAAUGUGUGGGACUAUUACAAUUCCUGACCGAAUUCAAAUAUCAAUGGACACUUACAAUCUUUUAACAGAGAAAAACCGCUAUCUUUUUUCUCCUAAUGAAGUUGAGCCUAAAGGGAAGCCUAAAAUGCAUACUUUUUUUGUAGAAAGCGUUAAAAACCGGAGAGGGUCAGAAUUGGUAACAGCUUUAUUAGACGCUACCUCUAUUUCUCCUGAUCAUUCAUUUUAUGCUAUUGCUGACGAAGGUUUAGAAAAAAGCCAAGAGCCUUUAAUACAAGAUUUGAUACGAGGAAGCACUGUAAAAGAUUUUGAAGAUGACAGAGUGGAACAAGAAGAAAAAUUUGACUGGAGCAAGCUAAGGGAAACUGCAUCUGCUGAAGACGAGUUUGAGUUAGAGCUUGCAGGACCAAUGCAUUGGCUAAUGUGCAGCUUUUAUGAGACCCCUGCAGAGCACAAAUUCAGGAUACACCAAUUCACGAAUGAGCUUCAAAGCGUGAAAUUUGGGCUUUGGCUAAACAUUUCUGUGUAUACUGUCAUGAUUACUCUUUUUACAGUGCUGUAUACCUUUGAUGAUGUGAGCGGCUCAAUUUUCCAGAUAGUUGCAAGAGCCUGCUAUAUAGCUGGCCUGAUGAUAUACUUGAUCUAUAUAAAGCAAUCUUAAUCUUAAUUAUAUGUUAUACAUUUUUAGAUAGACGGUAAACAUUUACUUUUGACAGCAUUGGCUUGUCAAUGGGCAAGGCCCAUACUUGGCCUUUAAGACUUCUUAACUAAAUAUAAUCAUCUUAUCUCUAUUAUAAGGAUCGCUCCUUCAUUGCUUAAAUAUGCAUAGAGCUUAAAUGCAAUUCUUGCAAUAGGUAUCUGUAUUGUUCUUAUAUUUAGAUAGAUUGUGGCUUGAUUUAAAAAAAAAAUCAUCUUUGUUAACAGUCAUUAUUCGGUAAACCAAAGUAGUGACAGUGUGCCAAAUCUGAUCGGCAAAUGAAAUUAAUUUUCACACGGAAAUUAAUGAUUCACAGAUUCUGAUAAAUUUAAAGCAUUUCUGAUAAAAUAUGGACAUAUUUGUUUCUCACCAUUUGAACACUCUCAAGCACAAAAGUAUCGAAAUAACCCUAUUAUGUAUUAUGAUAAUAGCUUGUGCUAUGACCUAGUGGAUGCUCAUUAUAGACGUUCGAUAUAUUCACUAUUAUGUCAUAUCAAUUAGCAAUUAGUUUUGUAACGGCUAAAUUAGUCAGUCGGCAAAGUGCUGUUAGAUGAUAAUGGCUUCAGCCAUCACCUAAGUGAAUGCUCGAUAUAGACGUUCGAUAUAUCGGCUAUUAUGUUUGUCAAUUAGCUAUUAGUUUUGUAACGGCUAAAUAUGCCGGUCGGCAAAGUUCUGUUAGAUUAUAAAGGCUUCUUCCAUCAUCUACGUGAACGUUUAAAUAUCGGCUAUUAUGUUUAUCAAUUAGCUAUUAGUUUUGUAACGGCUAAAUAUGCCGGUUGGCAAAGUACUGUUAGAAUAUAAAGGCUUCAGCCAUCCCCUUAGCAAUGGUUAUCUUUUCACCUCCAUUUAGGCGAUUUCUCUUUCUGUUGUCAUCAUUUGACUCCUUUUAUUAUUAGUGAAAUGUUUGAUAUAGACAUUCGAUAUAUUUAUAUCAAUAGCUAUUAGUUUUUUUAACAGCUAAAUAUGCCAAUCGGCAAAGUGCUAUUAGAUUAUAAUGACUUAUGCUAUCACCUGAGUGAAAUGCUCGGUAUAGAGGUUCGAUAAUUUUUAGCCGACUGGUUAAUUUAGCCAUUUCAAAACUAAUAAUUAAUUGAUGAACAUAAUAAUAAAUUAAUCAAACGUUCACUUAAGUGAUGGCAAAAGCCUUUAUAAUCUAACAGCACUUUGCCGACCGGCAUAUUUAGCCGUUACAAAACUAAUAGCUAAUAGAUAAGCAUAAUAGCCGAUAUUUUUUUUUUUUAUUGAAAAUUGCAAUUAUUACUUCUUUUCAUGUUCUUUUCAGCUUCUUCAUUCGGAUUCGCGCUUCGCUCUUCGAGGCUUUCAAAGCUUCUCCUUCUCAAGACCUGCUUCUAGACUCACAGGCUUAAGUGGGUUUACUUCCCUCUUCUGGAUGAAUCCCGUGUUCUCAGCUGUUGACAUCCUUCUCCAACUUCUUCUGGUAAUCUAGUCUUCGUGUAGUCCCUGUUUUCCCUACUUCCUCUUUAGUUCACUUCCAUUUGGAUACGCCUUUUCGAGUUUCUCUAGGUUUCCCACCUCCAAGGUCGCAAGGUUUUCACGCUACUCUCUUUCCAAUCAUGCCUUUAUGGGUCUUACAGUUGGAUGGGCUUUCUCUCCCUAGCAGCUUUCGCUAUCCUCACCCCUCCCUGCCUUUGCGGGUCUUAUGGUGGGGUUGGCCUACUCACUUUAACCGAGUUUCGAACCUCAUUCCAGUCACGUCUUUGCGGGUCUUACAGCUGGAUGGGUCUACUUUCUGUCCUCUUCAUGUUGUUCUCUAAGCCUUUUAAGGGUUUCAUGUCCUCUCAAAUCAUGCUUUCCAGACUGACUGCUUGAGCAGGCUUACUCUCCUCUUUUGACUCGUUCCUAGAUUGCUUGUGCAUGUCUGUACUUUGGGGGUCUGAUUCUGUCCUUGCCAUGUCUGAAUUUCUGCUUACUCCCCCCCCCCCCCUCCGUGAGCGAACAAAACCAUUAGAAAAAUCGCCCAUUUUUUGACCAAAAACCCACCCUCCGUGAGUGAACAAAAAUUUUUUUAAUAGAAAAAAUUUUUAAUGGAAAAAAAUUUUGAUAUAUAAGUGAUAAUUAGUAUAAUGAAAUCUAGAGCUAAUUCUGUUUUAAUUUUAAACAAAUUGCGUUUUAAAACAUAAAUUUUGCAAAUUAAAUUAAUAUUUGCUUCCCCAAUUUUUGCAAAUUAGGAUUGUUUUAAAUUUCGAAAAAAAUAUUUUUAUAAAAUUUAUAUAUAAAUUUUUUUUAAAAAAAAAAAUUAACCCCCCUCCGUGAGCGAACAAAAUUUUUUUGUUCGCUCACGGAGGGGGGGGGGGAGUUAGCAAUAGUGUCCCGUUAGCAACUCAUCGGAAAUCCCGUUCCUCCGCGUCAGCGUUCAGAGCUUCUACUUCAUGGGGAGGCAACUGGUCACUUAUUCCUUCCUUCCUAUUGUGAAUCCCGAGGGGAGGAGACCUAAUCGGCUCUGGGAAUGUGACCGCCCAGUCUGAAGCUCAUUUCAUCUGAGGGGAGGAUCGGAGGAACUUGAUUUCCUGAGUGCUGCAAGCACUCCUAGCCCUACAGUGUUGUUUUCUCGGCUUCCGCUGCGUUCCUUCAAACUUUGGAUCUGGAUUUCUGUUGGCUCACUUUUCGCCCUGUUUGUUUUCUAUGUUCGUUUUUAUUAUAUAAUACCCGAUAUAUCGAACGUCUAUAUCGAGCAUUCACUUAAGUGAUGGCAAAAGCCUUUAUAAUCUAACAGAACUUUGCCGACCGGCAUAUUUAGCCGUUACAAAACUAAUUGCUAAUUGAUAAACAUAAUUGCCGAUAUAUCGAACGUCUAUAUCGAGCAUUCACUUAGGUGUUGGCUGAAGUCAUUAUCAUCUUACUGCUCUUUGCCGAAUGGCUUAUUUAGCGGUUUCAAAACUAAUUGCUAAUUGAUAUGACAUAACAGCGAAUUAAUCGAACGACACAAUGCACCUAAGUGAAUGCUCGAUAUAGACGUUCGAUUUAUCGGCUAUUUAUGCCAUAUACAUUGGCUAUCAGUUUUGAAAUGAAUAAAUAUGCUAGUCGGCAAAGUUCUGUUAGAUUAUAAAGGCUUCUUCCAUCACCGAAGUGAAUGCUUGAUAUAGACGUUCGAUAUUUCGGCUAUAAUGCUUAUCUAUUAGCUAUUAGUUUUGUAACGGCUAAAUUAGUCAGUCGGCAAAGUGCUGUUAGAUGAUAAUGGCUUCAGCCAUCACCUAAGUGAAUGCUCGAUAUAGACGUUCGAUAUAUCGACUAUUAUGUUUAUCUAUUAGCUAUUAGUUUUGUAACGGCUAAAUUAGCCAGUCGGCAAAAUGCUGAUUGAUUAUAAUGGCUUUUUCCAUCAAUUAGUUAAUGCUCGAUAUAGACGUUCGAUAUUUCGGCUAUUAUGCUUAUCUAUUAGCUAUUAGCUUUGAAACGGCUAAAUUAACCAGUCGGCUAAAAAUAUCGAACGCUAUAUCGAGCAUCUCACUCAUAUAAUGGUAUAAGUCAUUACAAUCUAACAGCACUUUGGCAGCUGGCAUAUUUAGCCGUUAAAAAACUAAUAGCUAAUAGAUAAACAUAAUCGCCGAUAUAUCGAACGUUUAUAUCGAGCAUUCUCUUAGUUGAUGGAAAAAGCCUUUAUAAUCUGACAGUACUUUGCUGAUCGGCAUAUUUAGCCGUUAUAAAACUAAUAGCUAAUAGAUAAACAUAAUAGCCGAUAUAUCGAACGUCUAUAUCGAGCAUUCACUUAGGUGAUGGCUGAAGCCUUUAUAUUCUAACAGUACUUUGCCAACCGGCAUAUUUAGCCGUUACAAAACUAAUAGCUAAUUGAUAAACAUAAUAGCCGAUAUUUAAACGUUCACGUAGAUGAUGGAAGAAGCCUUUAUAAUCUAACAGAACUUUGCCGACCGGCAUAUUUAGCCGUUACAAAACUAAUAGCUAAUUGACAAACAUAAUAGCCGAUAUAUCGAACGUCUAUAUCGAGCAUUCACUUAGGUGAUGGCUGAAGCCAUUAUCAUCUAACAGCACUUUGCCGACUGACUAAAUUUAGCCGUUACAAAACUAAUUGCUAAUUGAUAUGACAUAAUAGUGAAUAUAUCGAACGUCUAUAAAUGAGCAUCCACUAGGUCAUAGCACAAGCUAUUAUCAUAAUACAUAAUAGGGUUAUUUCGAUACUUUUGUGCUUGAGAGUGUUCAAAUGGUGAGAAACAAAUAUGUCCAUAUUUUAUCAGAAAUGCUUUAAAUUUAUCAGAAUCUGUGAAUCAUUAAUUUCCGUGUGAAAAUUAAUUUCAUUUGCCGAUCAGAUUUGGCACACUGUCACUACUUUGGUUUACCGAAUAAUGACUGUUAACAAAGAUGAUUUUUUUUUUAAAUCAAGCCACAAUCUAUCUAAAUAUAAGAACAAUACAGAUACCUAUUGCAAGAAUUGCAUUUAAGCUCUAUGCAUAUUUAAGCAAUGAAGGAGCGAUCCUUAUAAUAGAGAUAAGAUGAUUAUAUUUAGUUAAGAAGUCUUAAAGGCCAAGUAUGGGCCUUGCCCAUUGACAAGCCAAUGCUGUCAAAAGUAAAUGUUUACCGUCUAUCUAAAAACGUAUAUUAAGUAGCUCCCGGCCAGGGACCGUAGGCCCUUUUCUUCCUCCUUUUGGUUUCCUCGCUUGCCUUCCUUGCCCUGCUCCCAGUGUACACCUAAAUGCCACAGGCUACCACUCGGCUCCUUCCGGUCAUGGGGCUUGGUCAUGAGAUUCCGGAAGUAGGCGGACUGGGCCACCAUGCUUCACGUCGUCGACUAGGGUUAGAGCUAGGGAUUAACUCCCUAGCUCUUAUCGGCAUCUGCUGUGCAGUCCGAUUUGGGCACCCAGCAGUCCCUAGAGGUAAACCCAUUUUUGUCCCAUGCCCUGUCGGGAUGAUCCGAAAAUCGUCAUUGCUGGACCGGGAAUACCAGUACCCAUACCAGACCUUUUCCUGAGUGGAUUGGCUUCAGGCCGCAGCAAGGUCCCCAAUCUCACUACAGGUUCGGGAUAGGACGGGUCGGUGUCGUCGCCAUUUUAUUUGUGUGAUCUAUAUAAAGCAACUAAAUGAAAGCUCUCUUUUCCCAUGGGGAGUGAUGAUGCUUUAUAUCGUGAUUUCAUUCAUAAAUAACCUGAACUUUGAAGAAGCCGGCAGGACCCUCGCAUAUGCAAAAGUGCUACAAGCAAUGUUCACGAAUAUCACAGUAAACCAUAUAAGCGCUCUCCCAAUUGGAUUUAUUCUUACAGCAACGGUAGUGAACUAUAUAGCCUGGAUAUGUAUGGCUUUUAGCUCAGAUUACUCAGCAAACCUAAAAAUAGAAACCACCUUUUUUGUCACCAUUUUCUUCCUAUUAAACUAUGUAGCUAGUUUUGUCAGGGAAUUUCAAGCAAGAAGGUCAUAUGAUCUUAAUAAAUGCGCAGAGAGAGAAAUAAAAAACACAGAUAAGCUGCUCAGCCAGAUGAUGCCUCCACAAGUGCUCAGAAAUCUUCUAAACGAUGUAGCUACAACUGAUAAAUACACAGACGCGACGAUUAUUUAUGCUGAUAUCUGUGGAUUUACCAGCUGGUCUUCUAAUAGGAAACCUAUAGAAGUAGUAGGGAUGCUAUCAAAGCUUUUCACUAAUUUCGACCAUCUCUGUGUGAUGCAUAAUGUGUAUAAAGUCCAUACCAUCGGAGACUGUUAUGUUGUUUUAAGUUUCACUGACAAUGAAAAAAGAGACUAUAAAGAAGAAGCUGUGAAGAUGGUAGAAAUGGCUUUAGAUAUGGUAAAAACUAUUAAAAGAAUAAGCAAAAGCAAAGGAAUUAGCUUGAAUAUGAGGAUUGGAAUGCACACUGGAGAAGUUGUAGCUGGAAUCACAGGGACAAAUAUAGUAAGAUAUGAUAUAUAUGGCCCUGAUAAUGAUAUCGCUAAUAAAAUGGAAAGCAAAGGGUUCCCUGGCAGAAUUAAUGUAAGUGAAGUAACAAAAGCAAUUUUGCAAGAAAUGCUUCCUAGUCGCUUUGACUAUGUUUUUAAUACAGAAGUUACUCAUGACCCAACCCACAGGACGUUGAAUUCGUAUUUUAUAAUCCCUUUGCUUGAAAAAGAUAUCAUUGUUGAUGAAGAAUAA